CUUCUCGCGCGCCGGCGUCGGCUGCGUCUCCGGCGUUUGAAUUGCGCUUCCGCCAUCUUUCCAGCCUCAGUCGGACGGGCGCGGAGACGCUUCUGGAAGGAACGCCGCGAUGGCUGCGCAGGGAGAGCCCCAGGUCCAGUUCAAACUUGUAUUGGUUGGUGAUGGUGGUACUGGAAAAACGACCUUCGUGAAACGUCAUUUGACUGGUGAAUUUGAGAAGAAAUAUGUAGCCACCUUGGGUGUUGAGGUUCAUCCCUUAGUGUUCCACACCAACAGAGGACCUAUUAAGUUCAAUGUAUGGGACACAGCCGGCCAGGAAAAAUUCGGUGGACUGAGAGAUGGCUAUUAUAUCCAAGCCCAGUGUGCCAUCAUAAUGUUUGAUGUAACAUCGAGAGUUACUUACAAGAAUGUGCCUAACUGGCAUAGAGAUCUGGUACGAGUGUGUGAAAACAUCCCCAUUGUGUUGUGUGGCAACAAAGUGGAUAUUAAAGACAGGAAAGUGAAGGCGAAAUCCAUUGUCUUCCACCGAAAGAAGAAUCUUCAGUACUACGACAUUUCUGCCAAAAGUAACUACAACUUUGAAAAGCCUUUCCUCUGGCUUGCCAGGAAGCUCAUUGGAGACCCUAACUUGGAAUUUGUUGCCAUGCCUGCUCUCGCCCCACCGGAAGUUGUCAUGGACCCAGCUUUGGCAGCACAGUAUGAGCACGACUUAGAGGUUGCUCAGACAACUGCUCUCCCGGACGAGGAUGAUGACCUGUGAGAAUGAAGCUGGAGCCCAGCGUCAGAAGUCUAGUUUUAUAGGCAGCUGUCCUGUGAUGUCAGCGGUGCAGCGUGUGUGCCACCUCAUUAUUAUCUAGCUAAGCGGAACAUGUGCUUCAUCUGUGGGAUGCUGAAGGAGAUGAGUGGGCUUCGGAGUGAAUGUGGCAGUUUAAAAAAUACCUUCAUUGUUUGGACCUGCAUAUUUAGCUGUUUUGGAACGCAGUUGAUUCCUUGAGUUUCAAAUAUAAGACUGCUACAGUCACAUCACAAUAUUCAGUGGUGAAAUCUUGUUUGUUACUGUCAUUCCCAUUCCUUUUCGUUUAGAAUCAGAAUAAAGUUGUAUUUCAAAUAUCUAAGCAAGUGAACUCAUCCCUUGUUUAUAAAUAGCAUUUGGAAACCACUAAAGUAGGGAAGUUUUAUGCCAUGUUAAUAUUUGAAUUGUCUUGCUUUUAUCACUUAAUUUGAAAUCUAUUGGGUUAAUUUCUUCCUAUGUUUAUUUUUGUACAUUUGAGCCAUGUCACACAAACUGAUGAUGACAGGUCAGCAGUAUUCUAUUUGGUUAGAAGGGUUACAUGGUGUAAAUAUUAGUGCAGUUAAACUAAAGCAGUGUUUGCUCCGCCUUCAUUGGCUAGGUAGGGUCACCUAGGGAAGCACUUGCUCAAAAUUUGUGACCUGUCAGAAUAAAAAUAAUGUGGUUUGUACAUAUCAAAUAGAUAUUUUAAGGGUAAUAUUUUUUUUUAUGGCGAAAGUAAUCAUGUUUUAAUGUAGAACUUCAAACAGGAUGGAACAUCAGUGGAUGGCAGGAGGUUGGGAAUUCUUGCUGUUAAAAAUAAGUACAAAUUUUGCACUUUUUUGUUUGAAUGUUAGACGCUUAAAGUGUGAAGUUGAUAUGCAAGGAAAAUGGUCCAUGUUUACCCAGUUUUCAGGUACUCCCAGACUUCAAAGAUGUCUUGAACAUUAAGUUCCUAAGCAGUACACACUACACCAUUUGGUUUUUUUUUCUCCCCCCCGGAGGAUUUUUUUUGUAGGGCAGCACAGCAGAGCAGGACACAGAUGAAAUACUAGGAAUAUGCACAGUGGGGCAGUGUGGGGGCUUCUCAGUAAUGGAGAACAGUUGGUGAAACCUUUUUUUUUCUAAACUAAGCAUUUAAUUUAUAUAUUUUCCACAUUUAAAAAUGAAUUAGGUCUAUUAGGAUAAUUAGGAGUUUGAUCCCAUCAACACUAUUCUUGUAGCAGUUAGGAAUCUUAAGAGCUAUUUUUUUCUCAUACAAUUACAACUAUAGUCCUGCUUACUAGUUUUCUUUAGAUGUCUGAUUAUCUUGAGAUGAUUGCUUACCUUAAAAGGUAUAGAAAGGAUCACUUAAAUAUAUGGAAAAUGAAAUAAGGGUGAAGCUGAAUAAAGUUCUACUUACUGUAUUAACUGGCAACAGUUUAGUUUCUUAAGAUCUGAAUUGCUGUGUAUGUUACGCUGUAUUCAGAACCAGUUUCUAACCAGCCUGUGAGAUGGGAAGUUUUUUUCCCAUAAUUGGGAUGAAACCUUUCAUUCAGAUAUUUUGAAUUGAAGGUGUAUGUGUUGUUUGUAACCUUGUGGAGAUUGCAAGUGGUGUUGACAUUCUGGAUCUUCUAUGUAACAGUUGAAAUUUGGAAGUGACGUCACUUACCUGUCUAACGUGGUGUGGGAGAGAAUUUACAAGUCCUUUAUUGAAAGAAUAAUUGUUGCAAAAUAUAUUGCUUCUACUUUGCCUGGA